GAGAGGGAUCGGUAGAAAAUGGCGAGUCUGUGCAAGAAGCAGCAAUGCACGAUCGAGAGGCGAGGCUUUCGGCAGGAACUUGACUCGUGGCGGCACAAACUCAUUCAUUGUGUAGGUUUUGAGAGCAUUUUAGAAGGGUUGUUUGGGUCGGGGCUGCUGGAGGAUCUAACGUUAUUUAAAGACUGUGAGCCUGAAGGUGUGUCAGACUGGUCAUUUGAUGAGAACUGCCUGUUCUGCUGCUUAAGACGAGACAAAGUCAAGGAGCACUUAGUUGGCCUGAGCAACCAGGGGUUGGAGAGUGGGGCUAAACCCCUGCUGGUCAAAGACCAGAUUAAGAUCAACAGACUCGAGAAACAAGCUGAGGAAUUCCUCAGUGCAGUCCUCUACAAAAAAGAUGUCCCCAGCUUCUCAGACCUGCACAUUCCAGUAGUGGCUCGGGAGAUAAUGCAGAGGAUGAUCCGCCAGUUUGCUGCCGAAUAUACCUCAAAAAACAGCUCCUCUUCUCAGGACAUCCCCUCUGCCCCCAGCCCUGCUACCCAGCCCCACUCAGAUCAGAGCCUGCCACCUCCACCCUCGCUGCCCCCUGCUGCCAGCCUUGGUGGUACUGCUACAUCCUCCGUACCCAGCCAGAACCCUGUCCUCUCCAAGCUGCUUAUGGCCGACCAGGACUCGCCUCUCGACCUCACUGUCAAAAAGCUUCCGCCACAGCCUGUAGAACAAGAUGGAGUCCUGGACCUGUCACUCAAAAAGGGAUGGGCCAGAAGCAGCAUGUCAUCGCACCACAGCCCUCACCUUUCCCAGAUGUCCACUCUCAGAGGGCGUUCCCUGAGAGCUGACGGACAGGCCGGGCUGCCUAUGAGGAGCCUGCAGGAUGGGAGGAGGAGGGAGAAUUUCGGCCACUCCGCCCCUUUAAAGCCCACCUCGCCACUCGGUCAUGUGCCGCACAUCAAACAGGAAGUGAACCAGGAUUCCGACACCGAGUUGUCUCCCAACCAGAACUACACCUCCAGACCCUUCGACCACCUCUCUCUCUCUAGGUAUGGUUCUCCGUCCUGGGCCUCCAAGACCCACUUCGGGGCCCUCUUGAAGCUCCGGGCCAACAGCGGAGCCGGGGACCACCUCAAAGACCUACCGAGCCUGCUGGAGGCCGCGGGGCUCUUCAAGUCCCCCUCCUGUGGGAAGGCAAUCCUCCAGGCCCGGAGAGACCAGGGGCUCUCCCUUUCUCACUCCCCGCCCGUAGACCUCAAAAUCCCCCAGGUGCGAGGCCUAGGAGGCCUGGGGGUGGACCUCUCCUGGGGCUCCCUGAGCUCUGAUUCCUACAGCCUCCCUAGCCCCCACUGUGAGAACAGCCUCGGGAAGAGGCUUAGGUCCAUCCUGCCCAAACACGGUCGCCGGGGAAGCAGUGGAGGUCUGGACGGUCCUGGAAGAGAUGGGGAGUACUGGGGUUCAUCUGAUGCAGACCGCCCUGCCUCUGGGGGGCAGUACCCUACCUCUGACCCUGAGGCAGACCUCUGCAACAAGCAGCCGAGGAAGAAGAGGGGAAGAUACCGUCAGUACAACACAGAGCUGCUAGAAGAAGCUAUAGAAGUGGUUAUGGGGGGGAAGAUGAGCGUGUCCAAGGCUCAGACCGUCUAUGGGAUCCCUCACAGCACUCUGGAGUAUAAAGUCAAGGAGCGCCUUGGCACCCUGAAACACCCGCCCAAGAAGAAGCUGAAGCUGAUGAGCCACAUGGAGGAACUGGAGGGUAUGGAGGCCCCAGAGGGCAAAGAAGCUCUGGAUGCGCCCCUGGACCCCCAGGAGUCGCUGUGUGAGGGGAGACCGUCUGUGUCUGUGCCCAGAGAAAAUGGCAGGGAGCUGCUUGGCACAGGCCUCUCACCAGACAAGUGAUUUUAUUAGGAUCCCCAUUUUCUGCUGCCAAGGUACUUGUUGAUGACGCAGUACUUGUUGACGAUGAUGAGAUGUUUUUACCCAGACCAGGUAAUCGUUUGCAUUUGUCAGACAGUGGCAGUGACUGAGUCUAUAUAGUACACAAAUAACCUGUUUUUGUAUGUUGAUUUUAUUCCAAAAGCACUUAUAUUUACUCUGCUCAAUCCUCUGAAUCAAUCUGACCUAUUCAUCUUAGGUCUUUUAAUUGUUUAAAAAUAUUUAUAAAGCCUACUAUGUGGCGGCUGUUCAAGUCAAUCGGAAACUAAAGUGUCUCUCUUUUAACUCUCUAGCUUGCCAAUAUCCCUAGACAUUGUUUAAAACACUCCGCAUUUGAAAUAUGUUUUGGUAGUUUUUAUGAUUGUGCUGCCCUUUUAUACAAUAUUUUAACUGUUCAACCUAAAACACUGCUUUAGAUACGGUGCCAAGUUAAUCCUAAGCAGUACCCCAGUUACUACAGCACUUAGACCAGCGGUCUCCAACCCAUGUCCUGGACAAGUACAGGAUGUAGGGGUCUUAUUCUAGCCCAGCACUAAGACACCUGGUUCAAUAUAAACAAGACCUUGGUAAGUGAUUAGUUGUAUCGUGUGCCAAUGCUGGGCUGAAACAAAAGCCUGCACACCUUUAGCACCCAGGUUGGAGACACCAGAACAUGUAUUUGUUUGGGUCAUUAGCAUGAUACAUGCUCAGCCCUCAACAUGUUAUUGGUUAUGUAGAAUCAAGGCUGGUUUGUUUUAAACUCCCUAUUAAUAUUUAAUAUAAAUAGGAAAUUAUUUAUUAUUUUACUUUGAUCUUGAAGUCAAAUGCUGGUGGACAGACUCUCUUUCCCUGUCACUGUUUAGCAAAUGCACACCUGAGAUUGAAUAGACCAAACUGCAGCAAAAAGAAUAUGCGGUUGCAAGGAUGCAUGCAACCAUUGUCUACUACUGAGUAUCUUAAUGUACAUUUUGUAUGUUUGUUUGUUGGGAGAACAGAUUCCCCUGUCCACAAUUUCACCACCUUCUUAGUUACCAACCAAACCUCAGAACUAAACUCUCCAAAAGCACGCCAGAUUACAACCACUCCGAUAUGUCACAUUCUGCGGUUGUAGGAAGAAUGGAACAUUUUGUUACUUGUGUUCACUCGUAGCCUUCACCACAACUCAGGAUAAUGUUUGUGUGGGGCUGCAGUUCUUGUCAGAAUGCAUAUCUCGAUCUUUAUCAAAACUGUAUAUACUAUGUUAGAUAUCUAUACACAAACAUACCUCUCUGAUGAAUAUAUAGAUGACUUAUUUCCAUGCCUCUUGUAUCAUCUGAAAGGGGGAAAUCUAGUUUGUACAUCUGCAAACAGACAUUUUUGGGACGUCUUACCAUUGACUGAUAUGUGCACCAACCUUUUCAGGUGUUCUCACAACCUACCUUUAACCGAUCUCCAUAGAAUUUAUUUACCAUUUGAGCCUUCUGGACAUUCAAUUUGAAUCUGAGCACAACAAACUUCAGGUAGUCUCGUUACAUCUAGGGAUGACUGUCCCUACUUAAUAGAAGGUAAAGACAAGGGACAGGUGGAAAUGUUCAUUCUUAAACUUUUAUUUUUUAUCUUAACUAUGUAUUCCAUAAAUGAAUGAUUUUAUUUAUCUUUUCCUGAUCAUAUGUUAGAUUGCAGCUUUUAUAGUACCUUAUUUCAAUGCAGUAAAUUGAUGCGUCUCAAACAGGUUUUCACCAUGUGGCACAUAACACUAAGGAAAUUAUAUGGAGAAGUGUACAAUAUGCAGAAGCAUAGAUGGUCCGUUGCUGUUUCAACAUCAUGAUGCUCUUAGACGACAUCACACAGUUCCACCGACGCCAUAUUUGUUUCUCCGUGGUAAUACCGACCAAUAACUGUUUAUGGAAAUUUCAGAAUUGUACACCAAGUUUACCUACCUAAUUCUAGAAUCGGAACUGGAAUCCAAAUGCUCAUCGUAAAUAGAAUGCUUGGGAGCAGCAACAUGGCGUCUGGCUGUGAAUUUGUCCAAACUACUCUGAGUAUAUGUAUGCUACUACUCACCCUAUCAACAGUUAUACCUCAGUACAUUCCAGAAUGUUGGAUCAAGCCCCUAUGGUCCUUGUAUCAGGCUUAUAUUACAGUACUUUAUUACUGUCAUCAGACAGCUGUUAUUCGUACAGUUCUUCGGAAAUCUUUAUAGAUAAAGACACAGUAAGACAGUUUUUUUCUAACUCUUAACCCAGUAAGUUCUUAUGCAGCAUUCUUGAGACUGGGCCAAAAUCCUAACUUGAGAUCCACACACAUUGCGGACAUUCAUGUAAAUCGUAAAUGCCUUAGAUGUAAAUGAGAUAUUUACACAAGCAUUUGAAUUACGUGUGUUUUAUCAAGUUGUAUUUCGGCCUACAGUGAACACAUAGCUAUAAACUCUUAAUAAAGAGAUUAUUCCUAAAACUUCACUAUCACAUGAAAUGCAGAAAACAAGACCCUUCCUCAGGCAAGGCUGGCCAUACAGUCUCCUUUUCAGGUUAAAAAAAAUAAAAGGUUUAAAAAGGACAAUGUAGCAUUUCAGAAUCUCGGUGACAUGUCCUUUAGUCUUGUAGGUGGAUAUAAGGAUGGUGACUACUAAUUGGUGUGAAUUUAAUUCCUACUUUUAAAUGUACAUUGUAUAUAGAUGGGUGGGUUGUUUAGCAACAAAAACUGAUGCGUGCGCAACCGUGGAGCAAAACCGGCAGGGUUGUUGACAACAUGGGAACUAUUUCCUCCACCAAAUCUUUAUUAAAAACAUAAAUAAAUGUGCACAAUGAGCACUUGUCUCUCAAAUACGUUGUUAUAUGUUGGUUAGCUAACUGGCUAGUUUUUACCAUAUUAGCAUAGACGUGAAGAGUCAAAACACCUCAAAACAAGACGUGGUAUCAAUAACAAGAUAGAACAAGCCACCUACAACUCCCCACAUGGCAGCUUCUUGUUGUUGUUGCUAGCUACCUGACCAUCCAGAAUCACAACAAACUGACUUCUGCCCCAUUGACGCACGUGCAUUGUUUUUGUGACGUCAGCUAACCCAUCUAUAUGCAGAAUCUUUUGAUGACCUUGCAAACUAACUGUGAUCAACAUGAAUAGCCAUAUAUAGUUAACCCACAAGUCCAGGCAUAUGCUUCACAGGAGUUACAAUGGAUUUUCUUUUAGUUAGUUUUAUUGAAAUUGGUAAUCAGAAAUGAAUCAAAUUGGCAUCUUUUUUGUUUUUGAGGGUGACAUCCCUACCGACCAAGCCCUCCCUAACCCGGACGACGCUAGGCCAAUUGUGCGUCGCCCCACGGACCUCCCGGUCGCGGCCGGUUACGAAUAAAGUAAAUGACUUUAAUCAGAGUAAACUAACAUUUUGAGUUGCAAGGCUUUUCUGGGUUACCAUGGACCCUUGGUCCUAGGUAAUUGCCUGCCAUUUAAAAAAGACAUUGCCAUUUUAAGUCCAAAUACUGAUCCAAGAUUACACUAUUUGGAGAGAAACAAUUCCAGGUUUCGUUUUUCCAGCUCUGUUUUGUUAUUAGCAUUUUGCAUGCUAUCUGUUCUUGCAUGAUACAAACAAGUGAGACUCGUGUUAAUACCACGUAUGGAAACUGUGGUGUAUGUCUUUAAUGUUGAAAUAACACAAAUCUACAGUAGCAAAUCUGUUGGUUUCUACUACCUCAUUUCUAGAAAAGGACCGACCUCUUCUCAAAUAAAUACAACUUUGAGGCAGUGGUGUACGGAUGAAGCAACAUCCCAUAAACACAUAUGGGCAAAAGCUCUCUUGCAGUCCAGGUUGAUGUGCUUAAAUCUGCUAGAUAUUUGUUGACUUGCUGCUUUAGAUAUAUGCCAUAAUCUUGCUAUUGUCAUCAGUUUAGUGAUUUGCCGCCCAUGGCCUAUCAGGUCCAUUCAGCUACCGAAUAAUUGAUGUUUUGAGAUGACUUGAAAACAACUUGGCAAUGGUUGAAAUGAGCAAGAAUGUUCUUGGAUAAGGCGGUUCUAUGAGACUACUGAACAUGAAGAACUGGGAUUUAAACCCUUUUGUGAAUAAUUCAAGGUUCCGUAAAAGUUUUGUGCACCAUGCUUGACUCUAUGUUAAAGGUGAGGAAGUUUUAGAUGUACUGUGGUGAUUGGGUUUUGUAUGUUUAGGUAAGUGUUUCUACUGAUGUUGAGUUUUUUAGUAUCUUGUAGCCAUUUUUCCCAAUUAGUCAGACAUUUGAUUCAAACCUACACACUUAACACAUAGAUGACACAAGAUUUGCAGACCCUUCAAGUCAAUGUGAAGAUUUAUCUUGACAUGAUAGAUGUUGUAGUUCUUUGACUCAUGCCAUAUUUUAGGAGAGAACGAUGCUUCUCCUAACUUAAAUAGCCCUGAAUGUAAACAGUUCUAACACUAAUUCUACCAAACUAUACUCAGACAGAUUUUACAGAUGCAUAUAUAAAACUAGCCGUGUGUAUACAUACAAAUAAAUAUAUUGCUUAUUGGUACAUAGUAUAGUUAUAUUUAGCUCUUAUCACAGAUUCAGGGAAGUACAGCUGAGAUGUCAAAACUACUUUCUCAUUUUCCAUUCUGUUUUGACUGGAUGUUGACGAGGUUACGUCUAUGGUUUCCAUAGUGAAAGCGGUCUUCAAAUAGGCCUUUGAUUAAAGACCGUGUGCUGAUGUGUACACACAGUAUGUGUAUAGUAUACUGAAAAGGUGGGGUUUGGGGUUAUUGUAAAUGCUUUGUCUGCUUUUUCGAGUUUAUUUGAAUAGCAAUGGCACUCCUGAGCACAGACUACUGUUCUGGAAUGUUUCAACGUAUAAAACUACUUCUAUUAAGGAAAUUGCUGAUGACAUUUAAACUUAUACCUUUUUAUAUUUAGGAAAAUGUAUGAAGGAAUUAGAUUUUGCAUGAUUGCCGGUGUGUGGAUUGAAGGCAGCACGUGUUGUAUUGUUGGCUAUGUGAAGUGGAAUUGGUUGAGUCCUGUAGGUGAAGGAUUCGUUGAAAACACGGAAGUGUAUGCAAGGCAAAUUAUUGUCACAUAGACAAACUUUGAGACUAGAAUUCUUAGUCAAAUCUGGCCAUGAUCUAUACAGUGGCCUACUUUAAGAUUUGUGUAACUAACUCAUAUAUAUAUAUAUAUAUAUAUAUAUAUAUAUAUAUAUAUAUAUACACACACACCAUGUGUUCUUAAUGUUUACUAAAUCAUUUUUACUCUAUGAAUUCGAAGGUAAAUAACACGGGUGUGUAUAUAUAUAUAUAUAUAUAUAUAUAUAUAUAUAUAUAUAUAUUUUUUUUUUUUUACGUGUUUGAAAUAUCCCUUGUGUUGUUGCUGUCAUUGUCUCUUGCUCUAUUUCUGCUUGUCUCCCCCAUCCUUUUUGUUGAGAAAACACGUGUGAAUUUACAUAUUCAUAUUAUCGUGGUCAGAUAUUAACUCCCCAAUUUUGAAAGAAAAGUGGAGAGAGACAUGGAAACCCUCAGGGACAAAACACACACCCCUCACUCCUUCAGGUACUGUCUAUACACUUAGGCAUAGCAGGGAUUUGAAGUCCUGUAAAACAAAAUCCAACACACCAAAAAUGGGUCAGAUACUAGUUUAGGCUAAACCGUGGCUGUUUCAGUUUAGCUUUUUUUUUCUUUCUUAAAAAUGUUUAUUUUUUAUUUUUAAGUCUCAUGUGGAUUGUUUUUUUUGGCUUUUUGCACAAUUAUUCUUUGACCUAAGGUGGACCUGUGUUUGAGCCAAAACAUUGAAUUUUAUCUCUGGUUUUAAUUUUUUAUCAUUUUAAAACGCAAUGAAUGUCUAUGUAAACUCAGUUCAGGUAAGAUGUUAGCCAAACAUGUUUUUUUAAGCUGCAUUUAUGUCUCCAGCCCACAGUGCCUCAGACGCCAUAGUUAUCACACUGUGUUGAUAAUGAACUACUGUUUAACAGAAUACAUUUGGACCUACUCUCUGAGCAUCUGUGGAAAAUGUGAAACAUUGAAGAUAAGAAAAAAAUGCAUUCAAUCAUCCAUUUUGGUAGGCCUAAUUUAAAAACUGGUGUAGAUUGACACUGCGUUUAGUCAAACAUCUUCUGAUUAACACAAUUUUUCUAAUGCAAGUGCAAUGUAUAAUUUAUUUUUUUAAAUUAUGUGAUUUGUUGGGAAGAUUUAUUUUGUUGGAUGUUCUUUGAGCAAUCAUUUCUAUUCUGUCUCUCUAAGCCCUUCUGAUUUAGAGCUCUGCUUGGUAGCCUAUAUGUUGCUACUUAUCUUUGGUUUGACAGCUCUAUGGCUUUUACAUUAAGACUGUACUAUAUUGAGUCUGUAUUAGCAAGUUAUUCCUUUUCAAACGUUUGAAAGCAGCGCUUUUUAGUCCUAUGCUGUGGUCUAAUUGGGAUGACUUGCAAUGCUUGGGACAAUAUACUUCAAACAGAGGACUGAGGGACUUUUAAAAAAUAUAUAAAAGACAAAAUAUUUCAUCUUAUUUCCAGCUUUAGUGUCCUAUAAGCAAUUCGGUUUCUUUUUUUGAAAUACCUAAUUCAGUAGUCAAGACAAAAACAUGAAAUACAACUGUAUUUGUUUGGUUUAUGUGGUCAGAUGCUCAGAUAGCAGGUAUACCUAAAUCUAACUAGACCUCAUUUCAGUAAUUGCCAUUUACAGUUUGGCAGACUCAAUAGACUUACAUUUUUCUACUGUAAUUUAUGAAUGUUUUUCUUUUUGUAUUAUGUUAUUAGAACUUCUUGGUCAAUUGUCUUUCUAGUACAGAGGACUUAAUCAGUAAGUUAAUUUCAUUGCACAUGUACAUUUUCCAAUUUUGAAUGCAAUUUUGAUUUGAUAACUUGACUAAUAAAACAUGCUAUGUAAUCUUUUAGGUGAAGUGGUUAUGAUCUUGAUUUUAUGUAUGUUGCAUUGAACCUGGGGCACCAAUGAUUAAUUGUCUUUGUGCAUGUGUAAGAAUUUACUCAAUGUAUCCUGUAAGGAAAAAAACGCCAUUUUGAAAAAGAUCAGCUGUAACAGGUCAUUCACUGGAUGAAAUAAUCACUUUUCAAAAUCACCUAUUCUUCUAAUAAAUGUUAUUGUGAA